UUCGCAUGAAUUAAUUACUUUUGCUUUCGAAAUAGACUAUCUGCUGGGUGAUGAAGAAAAACAGGUCUUCAAAAUCACAGCUACUUCCGCGAUCCCAUGACUCCCUAGCGCGAAGUACUUCUAGCUACCUCUCGCGAGAUUCCGGCCUCUUCCCUGGCCGUUGUUGACUGAGAAACAUAGGCCAUGUUCAGUACCAGCGCCAAAAUCGUGAAGCCCAAUGGCGAAAAGCCAGAUGAGUUCGAGUCUGGCAUUUCCCAGGCUCUUCUCGAGCUGGAGAUGAACUCGGACAUGAAGGCUCAGCUGAGGGAGCUGAACAUCACUGCUGCAAAGGAAAUUGAAGUUGGUGGUAGCAGGAAAGCCAUCAUCAUCUUUGUCCCAGUGCCCCAGCUGAAAUCUUUCCAGAAAAUUCAGGUGCGACUCGUGAGGGAGCUGGAAAAGAAGUUCAGCGGCAAACAUGUCGUCUUCGUUGCACAGAGGAGAAUCCUGCCCAAACCAACCAGGAAAAGCCGUAUCAAGAAUAAGCAGAAGCGUCCCAGGAGCCGUACUCUGACAGCUGUGCAUGAUGCCAUACUUGAAGACCUGGUCUUCCCCAGUGAAAUUGUUGGCAAGAGGAUCCGCGUGAAACUGGACAGCAGUCGGCUCAUCAAGGUCCACCUUGACAAGGCUCAGCAGAACAACGUUGAACACAAAGUUGAGACCUUCUCUGGCGUCUACAAGAAGCUUACAGGCAAAGAUGUUGUUUUUGAGUUCCCCGAAUUCCAACUGUAAAGUGCAGAUGACAAAAUAAAUGUGUUUACUGUUAA